UAAGAAUGGUGAAAAAAUCGACCAGGCAGAUCGGAACGUGCAAACUUCAGUUGCAAAAUCAAAUUUACGAGCACUAUGACUAGUAGCUUGAGCCUUUAUGAGUGUCUUCAACAAGUCUCUUUACAGAAGUAUCAUGGUAAAUUUUUACAGCGUGGUAUUGUUGAUGUUGGUGGGAUGCUUUCCCUUACAAUGCAAGAUUAUCCAUCUUUGGGUAUUUCGUCCAUGGCGGACCGUCAGAAUCUGUUUUACUUGAUACAAUCAAUGAAGACAUUGCAACCACAACCGCAACCGCAACCAAAUGAGAGACAACUGCGCAGUAGAGGGAGAAAAGAUGGCUUGCUACCGCUUGAUGGAGCCGCAAUGAAGGAAAAAGGUAUUUGAAGUAUUAGGGGACAAUCCUUGUAGCUUGGCCAUGCUGGGAGAAAAUCAAAAUACUUAAUGCAUGUUUUAAAGAGACUUGGAGGGGGGGGGGGAUACUUCCUAGCAAUAAGCUAACAGGGAUGUGACAUGGAAUGGGGUUCCAUUUUCACGACUGGAUUGAGUACAAUGGGGUUUUAUUUUUAAUACAGUUAUUAGAAUGCCAUCACACGUUUUCAGGACUUUCAGGGUAUAUGGUGAAUAGCAAAUUGUUCUUAACAUUUCUUUUAGGAUUAUAUAAUUAAAAGGCUUUUAAGGUAUAUGGAUAAAAUGAAAGUGACUCAGUCUUACAAAAAUGAUACUGGCUAAGAUGAGGUCUAUAAUUGGCCACAGAAUGGACUUUAAUGGGGUAGAGGUUCGGAGAGGCCAGCGGCACAUACAUGGCAAAUAUUGACCCAAGUACCUCCUCUCCCCUAGGCCAGAUCUUGGACCCAUGUAGAAUUAACUUGUGGCAAAGAUUUAGACUGUUUUCCUCACAGCACUCUUAAGUUCAGUUCUUUAGAAUAGAAGUUUAAUUCUUUCUGAAAGAUUCAUAUCUCUUCAUAGAAGAAUUUAUCAGUUCAUGUCUUCAUCCCUAGAGGAGAAUUAUAAUUCUGAGGAGAGGAAAUCUGGUUCUAAGGAAAGAACUUUGGGUCUUCCCCCAAGGUUAAGAACUCUUAUGAGAAGAAACUCAUGUGUCUGAUUCCUGUCAGAAGAAUACUAAUUUUUACCCACAGAGACAAAAUUCUCUUGACAAGAAUCAGUCAUUUAGGUAUUCUGAGAAGAAACACAGUUGUUCAACUUUUGAUACCCCCUGCAUUUCAUUGGGUCACCUCAACAGUCUAUUGAGUCUAGCAGUAUAACUAGCAGGUCCCACUUUUUUGAUGGGUGGAUAAUGCAAUCCAACAGAUAGAUAAAUAUUGGUAAACUGUUUUUGGCUGACCACUGGAUAGAAAUUUAUCCGUUUGAGAGCAUUAUCUACCGUUUUAACAACCAGGGCCAGGUUAGUGUCUCUCAUAUUUAGCAGCUGUGUCUCUUGAUCACUUACUUGCAUGAAUGAAGAAAAAACCCACUAAUAUUAAGUGACUUGCUAUAGCUAUUAACUUCUACCAGCCACAACAUUUCUGUGAUUUCUGUUAAUUAUUAUAAUCAUAGAUAAAAAGUAGGUGCAAAAAGACCAAGGGAAGCCACAGAGAAGAGUCCUGUGGCUGUCAAGAUAAAAACAAAAACAGAGCCAAAGACCUCAGAAACUGCAAAGCUGUCUUCUCUCCCCAGGUAUUGUCAAGUAAUGUUUCCAUAUUCAUCAUCAGAUUUGAUCUUAUCUCUCCUCAGUCCAAAAACUAAAAAUAAUAAUAAUAAUAAUAAUAAUAAUAAUAAUAGUGCUUUAAUUUUUUACAAUAAACUGCUAAAACCUUUUAACCCUUUAACUCCAAAGAUCUCAUUAGUAAUUCUCCUUACUGUCUACCGUACAGUUCUUGUGAUGUUAGUUUGAAGAAUUUGGUAUUGGAUCAAUUAAUAAUCCCUUAAUUGAAGAUAUUUUUCUUUUUUCUCAUUACAUGUCUGCACGAUAAUUGUAUCAAUACUGUAAGGAGAAAUUCUGUCUUGGUCACUCAUGUGAGUUAAAGGGUUAAACCCUAAAAGUGACCAGCAUCUUAUUUCUCCUUACAGCAGUACUGCUAAAUCAUUCAUUAAGAUCACUAGAUCAAAAGAGGAGGUGUGGUGGCCUUAUGGUUAGUGCGCUCAACUCCGGAUUGAGUGGUCUGGGUUUGAGCCCUGGCCAGGGCCAUUGUGUUGUGUUCUUUGGCAAGACACUUUACUCUCACAGUGCUUCUCUUCACCCAGGUGUACAAAUGGGUACCAGCAAAUAUGCUGGGGGUAACCCUGCAAUGGACUAGCAUCCCAUCCAGGAGAGAGUAGCAAUACUCCUGGCUGCUUCAUGCUAAGGAAACCGGAAUUAAGCACCAGCCCCAUGGGCCACCUGGGCCUGUAUAAAGGCUUUACUUUACUUAAAAGCUUUGAUUGUUAAACAAAUUCUCCUUGUCAGUACCAAAGGAAAUAUAUAGAGAAGAGUAUGGAGAAUGUGGAUAUUGAUGUUUGGUUGUAAAAGGUUAAAAUUGGGUUUUCUUUAUUAACUAUUCCUUCUCACCUCAGAUCAGCAGAACAUGCCGUGAACACACCUGGAUUUUACAAUUAUGGUGUUCCUAGCUAUAAUCCUAAACAGUCUCCAAACAAACGGCACCGUUUAACAUCAGAACAUGGCUUAUCUAGGAUUCAAGUCUGUGUUCGCAAACGACCUCUGAGCCAAGAUGAAUUGGAAAGCAGUGAGGACGAUGUUGUUACAGUUAUUUCAAGUAAUACAGUUGAACUGAGUGCUCCUAAAGUUGCUGUGGAUUUAACAAAAUAUACUCAAAAGGUUUGUGAUUUCUGAUAAUAAAUAUUUCUUGCUUGUCAUAAUGUAUGCCAAGUACACAAUUUCUGGACUAGGAAAUCUGUAUUUGAUAAGUCUUUUAUUAAUUCAUAGUAUCAGUUUGUGUUUGAUGAAGCCUUUGGUGAAGGUUGCAGUAACAAAGAUGUUUAUGAGAGAACUGCAAAACCACUUAUCAAGACAGUUUUCAACAGGUAUUUAAAGUUUUUUGCAUUAUGAUGUAGAUGGACCAUUAGACUCAGUGAAAAAAAAACACCUUAACCCUUUAAAACAUGGGAUUAAAUUAACCAGCAUCUAAUCCUUACAGUAACACUGUUGAAUCAUUAAAUAAGAUCAUGAGAAUAAAGGAAAUGAUUGCCAACUUAAGAAACUUUGAUUGUUAAACAAAUUCUCCUUGUCAGUAUUAAAGGAAAUGUAUAGAGAAGAGUGUGAAUAGGUUUUAUACUGAUGGUGUAAAGGGUUUAUUUUUUGAAUAAUUGUUGUUUACUAGGGGCAAGGCCACAUGCUUUGCAUAUGGCUGCACUGGGAGUGGAAAGACAUAUACAAUGCUUGGGAAUAAUGAGGUACAAGGAAUCUAUGUGCUGGCAGCCAGUGAAAUCUUUUCCAUCUUGCAUAAUGGAACAUAUGGCAAUGGAAUGGGUCUGUGGAUCAGCUUCUAUGAGAUUUACUGUGGUCAGUUGUUUGACCUUCUGAAUGAGAGAUCAAGGUAAAUCUAAUUUUAGCUAAAGAUUCAAAGAUAAACCAUUUUUAACAAUAUGUAAUGGUAUAGCAAGUACUCCACACUGAUUAAACAAUUCAAGGCAGUGACUUCAAUGGAAUCACUGGCAGGAUCUUGGCCUGCAAGAAGUGAAUAUUAUUGGAUAUGAACAAUUAAGGAGAAAUUAACAGUGGUGUAAGCAUGUAGUGGCUGUUUGUCAACUUGAUUCCUGAGUGAAUUUGAAUCGGAAUGUUUUUGUGGAAGGAGGAAAAGAGGGUAAGGUAGAAGAACAAGAUUUAGUAACAAACUAAGCUUGUAGUGUCUGAGAAUCAAGCCCAAACCAAAAUGUUAGAUGAGAAAGUAUGCCAACCACUACCCCAUUCCUGCUUGCACUCUGUCUGUGAAUUCUGAAUUGCAGUCUCAAAUGUACUUGUUCAUCUUUCUAUCACAGGUUAUUUGCCAGAGAGGAUAGUAACCAUCAGGUUUGCAUCACUGGAUUAACACAGCAGCGUGUUCACAAUGUAGAGGAACUCAUGGAGGUAUUCAUAUAUAUGUGGGCAGGCGUUCAGAAGGAGAAAAGUCCCAGUGAAUAGUCCCUUUGACCAACCAGCCUUCCAUUACAAGCUCUCAAAAUUGUAUGGCAGAAUCUAUAUUCCUUCAAGAUGUGGUUAUCUCUUCCUAUGAAAUGCUCAAGGGAAUAGUUACAAGGAUGUUUCUGGUUGACUUUGCCAAGCUCUAAGCCCUUCUGCUAAUAUGAUGUUCCUCAGUAAUGUUAAACUAGUCUGUCAAGCUUUCUUGUCUUAAAUUUUUAUAUUUUGAACUACAUGAAGUUUCUACAGUAACUGCUCUUUUAUCCUUAAAACAUAGAUCUGUAUUUUAUGGCUUGCAUCUGAUCUGUCUUUUGUCACCAACAGGUGAUAGAAUAUGGUGGAAGUAUCAGGAGCACUGGUGCUACAGGUGUGAAUGCUGACUCAUCACGUUCCCAUGCAAUCCUGCAACUAGAGGUAAAGGCCAUAGAUACUCAAGAACUCAUUGGAAGGUAAAUGUUAUGAUUUGUUUUUGGUCAUCUGAAUUAAUACUUUUUAUUACUAGGUAAAUACUAGGUAAAGGUUAAAAUGAUUGUUUUGCAACUCAAGUUUUUAGAAGUAAAAUGUUAGUGUAUUUUACUAAGUUUACUUCUUUGGAAAUAAGUCAGAAACAUGGUUUUCAAUUCAAAAGAACAAGCCAGGAAAAUUUGCAUAGUGUACCACAUUAUAAAUCUGAGAGAAGCUCUUUUGAAAGGUUCAGUUAUAAUUUAUAUGAAUUUUUAAAUUUUGAUUCACAGAUUUUCAUUCAUUGAUUUGGCUGGAAGUGAACGUGCUGCAGAUGUGACUGACACAGACAAACAGACUCGUGUAGAAGGAGCUGAAAUUAACCAGAGCCUCCUAGCCGUAUGUUAAAGGCUAUAUUGGUUUGAUAGUUUGAAAGUGUAGUUGUUAAAUGUUUGGAAGAGGGUAACACCAUUUACUUUUCACCUAUUUCAGACACUUGUGAAUCAAAUGUCAGGCUUUUCACCAUGCAGCAACAAUCAGAAGUUCUCUAAGUUUUUUUCAGGGAUAGUAUCACAAAAAAAUUCUCCUACAGUCUGCAAUGAUGUACUAUUUUCAAUAAAACAUGUCUGCAAUUUAAUGUGCAUGCAACCUUAAGUAUGUGACUUUUUCACCACAUACUAAUGCAAUACUUCCUGUGUAAAUAAAUGUUUUUUUUUACCUAAAGGUAAAUUUAAAAAUAUUGAAUCAAAUCUCCUUAUUACCAUAGCAAUAUUCUAUUUUGCUUAGUUGAAGGAAUGCAUACGAGCACUUGACCUGGACUCUAAACACACACCAUUUCGCCAAAGCAAGCUUACACGGGUAUGUAUAAACUGGGAAGAUGUUUGAUUUAAACUGUAACUUUGGGAGGCGUAUCGAUCCAAUCAAACUGACUACCCGAAGCAUUUGAGUUAGCUUUUUCACAAUGUUGGACAUCUUAUAAACAGUACCAAGACUGAUGAAACAUUGAUGGCAGCCUUAAGAAAGAAACUACUUUAUUUUGAUAUUUGGUCCAACAAGCCCAAUUUUCUCUGAAUCUUUAAUGCUAUCUUAAAGUUUAUAUUCAAGUCUGAGGAUACUAUUGAAUUAUAUUUUACUAAUUAAAUCUACUAAUCAAUCUAGUGGUAUACUCAUUAGUUUUCUGUGCUGCUUUUAAUUAGCACUGUAUCUUGGCUGCUCCCUUUAAUUUCAUUUGAGAAUUGGUGUCACAUGAUUGCUUGUUCUGAUUCAUUUAAGAGAACUGUUGCUCUCUUAAAUCAACUUGUGGUUUGGAUUUUUUUUCUGCACAAUUGUAUUGAUUUCCUUAAUCUUAACUGUAGUUGUAACCUUGAAUUGUGUAAUAUCUAGAUCUUAAAUAUUUCUUACAUUUGCAAUCUAUGAUUUCCACAUGUACAGUUACAUUUUCUUGUGAUUGUAGAUGGGUGGCCAAAAUAUCACAAUUAGCUCUCUAGUUUAAUUUUCAGGCUCCCUGACCACUGUAUAAUUUUAGUGUCAAUGAGAGAAAUAAAUGAAAAAAUAAUUACUUGGAUAAGGAAAUUCCUUUAAACUUCCAAGAUGUAUCUUAAAGUGUUUACAGUGAAUAUUAUUAUUUAUUAUGAAAUUUUUACAAAUUGAAAGGUUUUGAAGGAUUCAUUUGUUGGAAACUGCCAAACAUGUAUGAUUGCCAAUAUUUCACCCACCAAGUCCUGUAGUGAGAACACCCUUAAUACUCUCAGAUAUGCUGACAGGUAAGACUGGUUAUUUCCCUCAGUUGAUAAAUUUGUUUGUUUAAUGUUCCAAAUUGCUGGAAGAAAAAAAAUUAAAUAAAAAAAAAUUAAAAUAAUAACUCUUUUAAGUUCCUUGUUGCAGGAAUAAAUGUGGUCGAACUAUGCAGUUUCUUAAUAGAUGUACAAUAUUUCAUUAGAUCUGUACAAGGAAAAGAUAAUUAAAUUUGUCAAAUAAUUAUCUACAUGAUUUGUUUGUUCAGGGUGAAGGAAUUAAAAAAGGACACACAUGGUUCUUUCAACAUUCGCCCUCAGACUGUGCUUACAACUUCUACUGGGACAGACAGGAUAAUGUCUUCCAAUGGGACAAGUGAAAGGUUACCCAAAAUGGAUGUUGAACCUCAGGUAUGUCAGUGUCAUUGAUACAGGUGGUAUAUUUGAAAUUUAAAUAUACCGACUAUCACAACAAUCUCCAUGUUUUUGCAGUCAAUUCAGUUAAUAUUCUUUGGUCAUAAUUUGCAAUAAAACGCUUUGUGGAAACUGUCCUUUAAUACUCCUUACUGUUUUAUCCAUCUUAAUAAUUUCAUUUCAGGUUUUUUAGCUUUUUUAGCAUGCUCUUUUUUAGCAUUUUCCUCAAUGGUAAAUGUCUUGAAAGAUAUUGCAAUGUGUAUUUGCUUGUCUUCAGCCUGCAAAAAGAGGUGAUACUUUAGCCCAAGGCUCCCCAAGAAAGCUUAGAGCAGCAGAAUUUAAACAAAUUGACAUUUUACGGCCAAAGACUUCAUCUACAUCAACACCAUCCCCUAGAACUAAAGAUUCAGUGGUGAGAGUGAACCACAGAAAAAUUGCCAGUGGACAUGGCAUGGCUGCAACUGCCAAGGAGAGGCUUGUGAGGAAUGAACCAUCUCCCGUGCUGCGGCCACAUACUUCUCCAGAAAGAGCCACAGUGAAGGAUCAAUCAGCAAAAAUCAGACCACAUCUGUCAAGAGCCAAGUCAAGAGCCUCAAGUUCAAAAGGAAAGUCUUGCAGUGACACACAGAUCAGGUCUAACUGCUUGAAAGAAAUCUCUGAAGAAAAACUUGAAGAUGUUGGUAUGGAAAGAGAUAAAGAACAGAACAUACCAGACAUACUGGUUGUAAAAGAGUCAAGACUGGGAUUUGAUAACACAGAGGAAGCUUGGUCAUCUCCCUCUGGUAGACAGAGUGUUGGAAAGGGUGAAACCACUGUCAGAUCAUUUGAUGCUAACAUUCAAGAAAAAGAGUCUUCCCCACCUUUCAGAAAUGAUCGCUAUAGCAGUGGAAUCAAAAUCAGACUUGCAAAGCUCUUUAGUAAGGAGAAUGUAUGUAGUGAUGAAGGCAAAAUAAUUGAACCUCAGAAAAAACAGGUCCAAGGAAAUGCUCCUUACCUGCCUCUGGAAAUCAAUGACAAUGAUUCAAGGUACUCAUGACUAUCAAGACUUUUUAGUAAAUUUAAUGUGCAUGAGAAUGUAAUUUUCCAGAUUACAUAUUAAAAGGAUUAUUUGUUCACAUUUAUUUAAGUGCUUCAGGGCUUAUUAAUUUCACCAAAAAUGAAAUUGGGUUGCAGAUUCUGCUACAGUUUGUGAUAACGAGAACUUGAUAUUUACCAACUGAAAGUACUACAGAAGGAUUUCUUUGUUGGUCACAUGACAGACUUAAUUGCUCUCUGUCUGGCUACACCUUGUGACAGACCAACUGACUGGCUGACUGAAGGACUGACUCACUGACUGACAUGCUGACUGGUCUUAAGUCUGGUAAUGUCACUCACUGACAGAUUUUGGCUAAGUGAUAGAGUGAUAGACUUGCUGACUGACUUGCACAUGAACAAACCAAUUCAAUAAAAGUAUUUAAGACACAUUAAUCAAACAUGCUUUAUCAAUCUUUGACUACUUCUAACUUAUUUACUAGUUAAGAGAAGUCAAAAGCAUGAAGUUUAUUCCGUAUCCUAAUGUUUACUUUUUUUAGGGUUGAGGUCAGACAAAAUGGAUUUUGUUUGAGCCUUGAUCAAGAACAGUUAGUAGCAUCUCAUCACACACAACUUGCCAUGGUUACUAGGCUGUGCCAUGAAGAAAUGGUGCUUUUACAACAAAUUAACAGUGGAACAAAGGUAUCUAAAUUUUAUGCCAAUACUUUAAUAAAUAUUUUUGUGAAGUAUCUUUUGAGUAUAAAAAAGAGCUCCUGUUUAGCGCACUUUCAUACUCAGUUUGCUUCCACAUACAUUUGAAAUGCUGUGGCAAGUCUGUCUCAUGUUGUAUUCACCUCAGAUGUACGGAUUUAAAUCAUGAUGUGACAACCACAUUUGCUAAUAUUUGUCGGGAAAUAAGGUUGGCUGGUUACAUGUCACGUCAUGCUGCAUUAUGUUCCAUUGUUAUUGUUUGGUUGUCAACCAAUGUUCCCUGGGCAAUCAGCUAAUUGUGGGUAUGGGCAUCAUCCCUGAUGACUAUUUCAGUCCUGUGUGAAUCACCUCUUUUUAUGGGGGAGCAUUGUGUAUUUUAAGGGGAUGCAUAACCUGUCAAGGUUUUCAGCUGGAAGAGAUUAGCAGCUCUGCAAUCAACAUACAACUUGAUAACUAAUGGGACAAACAGUAGGAGUUAACAAUUAUUGUACUUCACCAAAAUGAGGGACUACAAUCUUUUAAAAAUCUUUUCCUUUUUAACGUAGAAUUUUAAAGACUAUGCAACUCAGCUGAAUGAAAUUCUUAAGAGGAAGGUUGCUUCUAUUGAAGACCUAAGAGAGAAGGUGUCAACUUGUCUUACUGAAUGA